AUGGGAUCCCAACAGAGCACCCCAGUGGCAGGGACACCGACAGUAAAAAUUUCGAAUGGAUCGGAAUCAGUACCGGUAGCAUCUGCGACGGACUCGAAUGUUACAACACCACCAAGACAACCAAGAGCAUCCAAACCCAAGAGGACAGGGAUCGAUGCUGUAAACCACAAAUGCCGAAAGAAAAAGGCGGCAUACGACAAAUGCUUUUCCGAAUGGUACAACGAGCGCUUUUUGCAAUUAAAGUCUAUAAACCAAGAAGAAGAAUGUGGGGAGUUGUUUGAAACCUACAAACAGUGCUAUAUGAAGGGGAUGAAGCGAGAAUUCUUUGACAAGGGCCAAAAGAAACCCAAGGAGGGAAGCCUGCUGGCGGAAGAAUUGGAUGAAUAG